GGGGCGGGGCCGACGGCGCCGGGCUGGCCGAGCUCUGCCGCUCCCGGGCUGCUCCGGCGCUGAGGCGGCAACCCGGAGGCAGCGUGUGAGGAGCUCGCCUGGCGCUGUCCAACAUGGAGGAGCGGCCGGCCGCGGGCAACGCCUGCGGACGGCGCUGAGCCCGCGCUGCUCCUCCGGGCAGCCGGGAGAGAGGGCGCGGAGCCCCCAGAGCUGGGCAGCGUGCACGCCCCGGGGCGGACCCCGGCUGGCGGGGCAGGGACGGCCGCGGGCUUCUGCACCGGGACGUGUCCCGCCGAACCAUGGGCAACGAGGCGAGCUUGGAAGGGGAAGGGCUCCCCGAAGGUCUGGCGGCGGCCGCAGGCGGGGCUGGCGGCUCGGGGAGCGCCCUGCACCCCGGGAUCCCAGCCGGCAUGGAGGCGGACCUGAGCCAGCUGAGCGAGGAGGAGAGGAGACAGAUCGCUGCUGUCAUGUCAAGGGCGCAGGGGCUGCCCAAGGGAAGCGUCCCCGCGGCCGCUGCGGAGUCGCCUUCCAUGCACAGGAAACAAGAGUUGGAUAGUAGUCAGCCUCCCCAGCAACCAGGAAAGCCACCAGACCCUGGACGCCCGACUCAGCCUGGCCUCAGUAAAAGCAGAACUACUGACACGUUUAGGUCAGAACAGAAAUUGCCUGGAAGGAGUCCAUCCACUAUUAGCUUGAAAGAAUCAAAGUCCAGAACUGAUUUUAAGGAAGAGUACAAGUCUAGUAUGAUGCCUGGUUUCCUGUCAGAUGUUAACCCUUUAAGUGCUGUCUCCUCUGUUGUAAAUAAAUUCAACCCGUUUGAUUUGAUAUCAGACUCUGAGGCAUCCCAGGAGGAAACUACAAAGAAACAAAAAGUUGCUCAGAAGGACCAAGGGAAGUCCGAAGGGAUCUCAAAACCCCCCUUACAGCAGCCAUCACCGAAGUCUGUUCCUAAACAGCAAGGACCACUGAAAGAGGUGAUACAGCAAGAUAGCUCUCCCAAGUCGGCAUCUUCCCAGCAAGCAGAAAAAAUAAAACCACAAGCCCCCGGCACAGGAAAGCCUUCCCAGAAGAGUCCAGCCCAAACACCAGCUCAGCAACCAAGUCCUGGGAAACCUGUAGCCCAACAGCCUGGGCCUGCAAAGCCCACAGUCCAGCAGCCAGGGCCAGCAAAGACCUCAGCACAGCCCGCUGGGACAGUGAAGCCUCCGGUUCAACCUCCAGUGACAGCCAAGCCCCCAGGUCAGCAGGCUGGAUUAGAGAAGACCUCAUCACAGCAACCUGGGCCAAAGACUCUAGCUCAGACUCCUGGGCUUGGAAAGGUUCCAGCUGGGCCAGCAAAGUCCCCGGCCCAGCAGCCAGGGACAACAAAAGUCCCAGCUCAACAGCCGGGGCAACCGACUUCGCCUAAGGUACCUGGGCCAACAAAGACUCCAGCUCAGCAGUCUGGACCUGGAAAGAUACCAGCUCAACAGCCAGGCCCAGCAAAGCCUUCACCCCAGCAGCCCACCCCAGCAAAGCCCCAGCCUCAGCAGCCCACCCCGGCAAAGCCCCAGCCUCAGCAGCCCACCCCGGCAAAGCCCCAGCCUCAGCAGCCCACCCCGGCAAAGCCUUUACCCCAGCAGCCGACCCCGGCAAAGCCCCAACCUCAGCAGCCCACCCUGGCAAAGCCUUCACCCCAGCAGCCCACCCUGGCAAAGCCUUCACCCCAGCAGCCCACCCCGGCAAAGCCCCAGCCCCAGCAGCCCACCCCGGCAAAGCCCCAGCCUCAGCAGCCAAGCAUGGCUAAACCCUCAGCUCAGCAGCCCGUGAAACCAAUAAGCCAAAUGGUUACCGGAAGACCUCUGCAACCACCACCAACUUCUGCAGCACAGACCCCUGUACAAGGCCUCUCUAAAACCAUCUGUCCUCUUUGCAACACCACUGAACUUCUGUUGCACAUUCCAGAAAAGGCCAAUUUUAACACAUGCACUGAGUGUCAAACCACCGUCUGUAGCCUCUGUGGUUUUAACCCCAAUCCUCAUUUAACUGAGAUCAAAGAGUGGCUCUGUUUAAACUGUCAGAUGCAGAGAGCUCUAGGAGGUGAACUAGCUGCAAUCCCAUCCUCACCGCAGCCGAGUCCAAAGGCUGCACCUGCACCUACAGCCACAGCCAGCAAACCAUCUGGACCAUUGCAGCCAGCUUCCCCAAAGAAGGAGCCUCCGCCUAAACAGGACAGCCCAAAGGCACCGAAAAAGCCACCACCACUGCAGAAACAGCCAACUCUUCAUGGACCUGCCCCCACGACAGCCCCACAGCCUCCGGUGGGUAAGGCAGAGGCCUUAUCUGAGCCAGCCCCUCCCAAGGAGCCUUCUGCACCUCUACCUGAACAAGCCAAGGUUCCUGCUGCAGAUGUUAAACCAAAGCAGCCCAAGAUAGCAGAGCCACAAGCAGACACCCAGUCUGCGUCAGCAGCAAUAGCAAAGCCUGAAAGUCUGAGCUCUCAAGUGCAGUCACAGGCUCAGGAGAAAACAGCCCCUCCUUUGAAAACAGACUCUGCCAAACCCUCACAGAGUUUCCCACCAACAGGAGAAAAACUCACCCCAUUUGAUUCUAAAGCCAUUCCCAGGCCUGCAUCAGAUUCAAAAAUUAUUUCACAUCCCAGGCCCAGUUCUGAGAGCAAGGAUCCCAAACACAUUGAUCCAAUCCAGAAGAAGGAAGAGCCUAAGAAAGCACAACCCAAGAUGAGUCCUAAACCAGAUGCGAAGCCAGUGCCAAAAGAAUCACCAACACCCUCUGGUCCACGAUCUACCACUGGCCAAGCUGCACCCUCAUCCCAGCAGCCCCCAAAGCCUCAGGAGCAGUCAAGACGGUUCAGUUUGAAUUUGGGUAGUAUCACCGAUGCCCCCAAAUCACAACCCACGACUCCUCAAGAAACUGUGACCGGCAAACUAUUUGGGUUUGGAGCAUCCAUCUUUAGCCAAGCGUCAAAUUUAAUUUCCACAGCAGGCCAGCCAGGAGCUCAUCCACAGACUGGGCCAGGUGCCCCAGCAAAGCAAGGCCCUACUGCAUCUCAGACUCCUGCUGCUCAGGGGCCACCCAAGUCCACAGGUCAGCUCCCACCAGCACCUGCCAAAGUAACACCUGUGAAGAAGGACGCAAAAGCCCCAGCAGCCGAAAAAUUGGAAUCCAAACCCGAGCAAGCUCCAACAGUAAAGAGAACAGAGAAAGAUAUGAAGCCACCACCUGGGAAGGUCUCCAAACUACCUUCUGAGCCUGAAAAGCCUGUCCUCACCCACAAGCCAGACAAGACCACCAAACCCAAACCAACCUGUCCUCUCUGCAAAACUGAACUCAACAUAGGUUCUCAGGAUCCUCCUAACUUCAACACCUGCACAGAGUGCAAGAAUCAAGUGUGCAAUCUCUGUGGAUUUAACCCAACACCCCACUUGACUGAGGUUCAAGAGUGGCUUUGUUUAAACUGCCAGACACAGAGGGCACUGUCUGGACAACUUGGAGAUAUGGGCAAAAUGCCACCUGCAUCAUCAGGAUCCAAAGUAUCCCCUGUACCUGGCCCUGCAGAAACAUCGUCUCAGAAAGCACCCACAGGCACCCAUGUAAAAGGCCAAAAGAAAGAAACAGAAGUAAAAAUAGAAACUGAAAAACUGAUCCCAGAAAAAGAAACAGCAUCAAUUGAGAAAACCCCUCCAGUUGUCACCCUAGAUCAAAAACCAGAGGAGAGUAAAGUAGACAAAAGCAAAGUUUCAGCCCUGCAGGAAAAGAAACCAACUUCUGAAGAAGAAAAACAGCUACCUGAAGACAAAAAAGAAAAGAAGCCACCUGCUGAAGAAACGCCACCGAUUGAAGAAAAGAAGCCAGCCUCCGAAGAUGAGAAGUUACCCCCAGAAGUAAAGCCGUUGACCUCAGAGGGGGAAGAGAAACGUGAUAUGCUUAAAGCUCCUGUACAAGUUCCAGAAGAAAAGCCUACAGGCAGAGUGGCUGCAAAGGUAGAAGAGGGGCAGCCAGAGACCAAAGUUGAAGGACUGCGAAGUGUCACACCUGAGACUUUGCCAAAGGAAGGAGAGAAGGAAAGCAAAGCAGUGAAGGAGCCUCAGGCAGAAGGCAGUGCAAGUUAUGACCACGUGGAGCCCAGCAAAGUACGGACAGAAAAGGAAGAAGACAAAUCAGACACCUCCAGCUCUCAGCAGCCCAAGAGCCCGCAAGGUCUGAGUGACACUGGAUAUUCUUCUGAUGGAAUAUCAGGUUCUCUUGGUGAAAUCCCAAGCCUCAUACCAAGUGAUGAAAAAGACGUCCUCAAAGGACUCAAAAAGGACUCUUUCUCACAAGAAAGCAGCCCUUCUAGCCCCUCGGACUUAGCUAAGUUGGAAAGUACAGUACUAUCUAUUUUGGAAGCUCAGGCAAGUACACUAGUUGGUGAAAAAUCAGAAAAGAAAACACAGUCCCAGAAGGUGUCUCCUGAGCAUUCUCAGGAUCAGCAGAAAACUGAGACUCCAUUGGAAACUCUGGACAUUACUAUUUCAGAACAGGAUGUCAAACAGAGUCCGGAACAGAAAGAAAGUUCAAAAAAGGAUAGCCAACAAGGUAUUCCUUCCAGGAAGGAUCAUAAAGAAAAGCCUGAGCUGGUUGAUGAUCUGAGUCCAAGAAGAGCAUCCUAUGAUUCAAUUGAAGACAGCAGUGAAAGUGAAAACUCCCCUGUUGUACGUAGGAAGCGGAGAACUAGUGUUGGCUCGUCAAGCAGUGAUGAGUACAAACAGGAAGACAGUCAAGGUUCAGGGGAAGAGGAGGACUUCAUUCGAAAACAGAUCAUAGAGAUGAGUGCUGAUGAGGAUGCUUCUGGCUCUGAAGAUGAUGAAUUCAUUAGGAGCCAACUCAAAGAGAUUGGGGGUGUUACUGAGAGCCAAAAGAGGGAAGAAACAAAAGGGAAAGGUAAAAGCAUGUCGGGGAAACACAGACGACUGACUCGCAAGAGUAGUACUAGCUUUGAUGAUGAUGCAGGGAGACGCCAUUCCUGGCAUGACGAGGAUGAUGAAACAUUUGAUGAAAGUCCUGAACUCAAAUUCAGAGAAACCAAAAGUCAGGAGAGUGAAGAAGUUGUUGUUGCAGGAGGGGGAGGGUUACGUCGAUUUAAGACAAUAGAACUUAACAGCACAACAGCAGAUAAAUACUCUGCAGAAUCCUCUCAGAAAAAGACAACUUUGUAUUUCGAUGAAGAGCCCGAAUUAGAGAUGGAAAGCCUGACGGACUCACCUGAAGACAGAUCUAGAGGAGAGGGGUCCUCUAGUCUCCAUGCAUCCAGCUUCACACCUGGCACGUCCCCUACAUCAGUGUCAUCCCUUGAUGAGGACAGCGACAGUAGCCCAAGUCACAAAAAAGGAGAAAGUAAGCAGCAGCGCAAAGCUCGGCAUAGGUCGCAUGGCCCUCUCUUACCUACCAUUGAAGAUUCUUCUGAGGAAGAAGAACUGCGAGAGGAAGAGGAAUUAUUAAAAGAGCAAGAGAAACAGCGAGAAUUAGAGCAGCAACAAAGAAAGAGUUCUAGUAAGAAGUCGAAAAAAGACAAAGAUGAACUUCGAGCUCAGAGAAGGAGAGAACGACCAAAGACACCACCCAGUAAUCUCUCUCCCAUCGAAGACGCAUCUCCCACAGAAGAACUACGACAGGCAGCAGAAAUGGAGGAGCUCCACAGGUCCUCUUGUUCUGAAUACUCACCUAGUAUAGAAUCAGAUCCAGAAGGAUUUGAAAUAAGCCCUGAGAAAAUAAUUGAAGUUCAAAAAGUUUAUAAAUUGCCCACAGCUGUGUCUUUAUACUCACCAACAGAUGAGCAAUCUGCUAUGCAGAAAGAAGGUGUUCAAAAGGCUUUAAAAAGUGCUGAGGAGAUUUAUGAAGAAAUGAUGCAAAAACCCCACAAAUAUAAAGCUUUUUCAGCUGCAAAUGAGCGAGAUGAAGUGUUUGAAAAAGAGCCAUUGUAUGGUGGUAUGUUAAUAGAGGACUACAUUUAUGAAUCUUUAGUAGAGGACACAUAUAAUGGAUCAGUAGAUGGCAGUCUUCUCACAAGACAAGAUGAACAAAAUGGAUUUAUGCAGCAGAGAGGAAGAGAGCAAAAAGUAAGACUCCCAGAGCAGAUUUAUGAUGAUCCUAUGCAGAAAAUCACAGACCUCCAGAAAGAGUUUUAUGAGUUGGAAAGCUUACAUUCUGUGGUGCCUCAAGAAGACAUUGUCUCAAGCUCUUAUAUCAUUCCAGAAAGCCAUGAGAUAGUAGAUCUGGGCACCAUGGUGACUUCUACCAGUGAAGAAAAGAAACUAUUAGAUGCUGAUACUGCCUAUGAAGAACUCAUGAAGCGACAACAGAUGCAGGUAACAGAUGGAUCAAGCCCAAUACAGACCAUUGUAGAGGAUGAUAUGGCAGAGUCUACUAUGGACUUUGACAGGGUGCAAGAUGCCUCUUUGACAUCAAGUAUCCUUUCUGGAGCAUCUCUGACAGAUUCAACUAGCAGUGCAACUCUCUCUAUCCCAGAUGUUAAGAUAACCCAGCAUUUUUCAGCAGAAGAACUUGAUGAUGAAUAUGUAACUGAUUAUACAAGAGAAAUUCAAGAAAUAAUUGCACAUGAAUCGUUGAUAUUGACCUACUCUGAGCCUUCAGAAAGCGCUACAUCUGUACCACCUUCUGACACACCUUCUCUCACAUCAUCUAUUUCUUCUGUUUGCACCACAGAUAGCUCCUCACCUGUUACUACCCUGGAUAGCCUAACAACUGUUUAUACAGAGCCAGUAGAUGUGAUAACGAAAUUUGAAGACCCUGAGGAAAUUUCUUCAACUUAUUUUCCAGGCAGUGUUAUAGACUAUCCAGAAGAUAUAAGCGUAUCUGUAGAUAGGACUAUUACACCAGAAAUUAGAAGUAAUGCUGAUCAUAUUGUGAUUUCCUUUUCUAGUAUAGCACCUUCUAUCAUAGAAUCUGUAGAAACUAAAGCUGAGAGGCUGCACGCUGAGAGCAUUUCCACUGGCUUACCUAUAUCUGAAAAAGAUAUAAUAACAGACAGGAAGGAAACUGGGGAUGGAAUUAUUCUGGAAGUUUUGGAUGCUUACAAAGAUAAAAGGGAAGAGUCUGAGGCUGGACCAACAACAAUUAGCCUACCUGAAAUGCGGUUAGAUCAAACACCUUCCUCUGUAAUAGCCCCUCAAAUGAAAGAACAACCUGUAUUUCCACAUUCUUUAUCUGGGAAGAUCUCUGCUCAAGAAAAGUCCACAUAUCGGUUACCAUCUGGCAGUCUUCCUGUUUCCACCCCUUCAUCUAAAUCUCGUCCAUUUCUCCGAGGUUCUUCUUUGGACAUAUCAGCCCAACCACCUCCUCCCCCUCCACCCCCUCCUCCUCCACCCCCUCCCCCACCUCCUCCCCCACCCCCACCAUUACCCCCAGCAACUUCACCUAAGCCAGCCAUUUAUCCUAAAAAAAAGUUGGCAGUUGCAGCUCCAGUGACUCCAACUACUAUUGUUACAACCCAUGUUGAUGCCAUUACUACAGUAGAGAGCACACCUGCUCGGAGGAGUAAUGGGUUACCUGCAACCAAAAUAUGUGCCACUGCACCCCCUCCUGUCCCUCCUAAGCCUUCUUCAGUUCCAGUUGGACUUGUGUUUACACAUAGACCAGAGGUAAGCAAACCUCCAAUUGCUCCCAAGCCAGCAGUUCCUCAGAUUCCAGUGACUACACAGAAAACAACAGAUACAUGUCCCAAACCAACAGGUCUAUCUUUAACUUCAAGUAUGUCCUUAAAUUUAGUGACUACAGCAGAUUAUAAACUGCCUUCCCCUACCUCACCACUUUCCCCACACUCUAACAAAUCCUCACCAAGAUAUUCUAAGUCUCUCAUGGAGACUUAUGUGGUUAUUACACUGCCCUCUGAACCUGGGACUCCAACAGAUUCUUCUGCUGCUCAAGCCAUUACCAGUUGGCCCUUGGGAUCACCCCCAAAAGAUCUGGUUUCUCUUGAAACGGUGUUUUCCAUAGUUCCUCCUAUGACAGCUAUAGAAAUUCCAAGUUCCUCACAGCCAACUGUGUAUGCAUCGGGAGCUUUAGGCACAUUUUCUGAUGCCCCUGUUGCAACACCAUCUCUAUUUCAAGGAGCUCCAACUCCGCUUACACAAUUACUUCCAACAGAAGGUUCAAAAACUGAAUUUUCCACAACGAGGAGUGCAGUCCCAAGUGUUGCUCCCAGAAGCGUUUCCAUACCGAUUCCUCCAGAGCCUCUUGCUCUAGAUAGGCAUCAGUACAAGGAAAAUGGGAAAUUGCAACUUAUUGGUGAUGCCAUUGAUUUACGUACAAUAACAAAAACAGAAGCUAAAGCAACUGAAAAAGGUAUGGAUCUUUCUGCUUCAGCAAUGGAUGUGAAAAGGCAAACCACAGCAAAUGGAUCUUAUGGGAGACAGAUCAGUGCCAUCCAACCUUCUAUCAUAAACCUCAGUGCACCUUCCUCAUUAGUAACUCCAAUCACCACGGACUCUGAGACAGUGGCCGUUGUCACAUGCCCAGAUACUACAAUUUACACAACAGGCACAGAAAGCCAAGUGAGUAUAGAACAUGCAAUGGCAUCACCACUCCAGCUCACUAUAGCAAAACAUACUGAGUCACCAUACAGGAAACCUAGUGGCCAGACCUUUCCUAUGGUUAGAGAUGAAGCACCAAUAAACUUGUCACUAGGUCCUUCAGCUCAGGCAGUGACAUUGGCUGUUACAAAGCCUGUCACAGUGCCUCCUGUCGGUGUCACAAAUGGAUGGACUGACAGCACCAUAUCUCAGGGGAUCACUGAUGGAGAAGUAGUAGAUCUCAGCACAUCAAAGUCUCAUAGAACUGUUGUAACAAUGGAUGACUCUACUUCAAAUGUGCUGACCAAAAUAAUAGAAGAUGAUGAAAAACCUGUUGAUUUGACGGCAGGAAGAAGAGCUGUGUGUUGUGAUAUGGUUUACAAGUUGCCCUUUGGAAGGAGCUGCACAGCACAGCAGCCUGCAACUACUCUUCCUGAAGACCGUUUUGGUUAUAGGGAUGACCACUAUCAAUAUGAUAGAUCAGGGCCAUAUGGUUACAGAGGGAUUGGUGGAAUGAAACCUUCCAUGUCUGAUACUAACCUAGCAGAAGCUGGACAUUUUUUCUAUAAAAGUAAGAAUGCUUUUGAUUAUUCUGGAGGAACUGAUGCAGCAGUAGAUCUAACUUCAGGGAGAGUGUCUACAGGUGAGGUAAUGGAUUAUUCAAGCAAGACUACAGGUCCAUACCCAGAAACACGCCAAGUCAUUUCAGGAGUUGGGAUUAGUACCCCGCAGUAUUCCACAGCAAGAAUGACUCCACCUCCAGGACCCCAGUAUGGUGUGGGAAGUGUUUUGAGGUCAUCUAAUGGUGUUGUCUAUUCUUCAGUAGCAACUCCAAUCCCUUCCACAUUUGCUAUCACCACUCAACCUGGCUCCAUUUUCAGUACCACAGUCAGGGAUUUAUCAGGUAUUCACACAACAGAUGCAGUGACUUCUUUAUCAGCCCUGCAUCAAAGCCAGCCAAUGCCUCGAUCAUAUUUCAUAACAACAGGUGCAUCAGAAACAGACAUUUCAGUAACAAGUAUUGACAUCAAUGCUAGUCUGCAAACUAUUACUAUGGAAACUCUUCCUGCUGAGACAAUAGACUCUGUUCCGACUUUAACCACAGCAUCUGAAGUGUUCUCUGAGGUGGUCGGAGAGGAAAGCACUCUUUUAAUUGUCCCUGAUGAAGACAAGCAACAGCAGCAACUUGACUUGGAGCGAGAGCUCCUGGAACUAGAGAAAAUCAAGCAGCAACGCUUUGCUGAGGAACUGGAGUGGGAACGUCAGGAGAUUCAGAGGUUCCGAGAACAAGAAAAGAUCAUGGUUCAGAAGAAGCUGGAGGAGCUGCAAUCUAUGAAGCAGCAUCUUCUCUAUCAGCAGGAAGAAGAGCGGCAGGCCCAGUUCAUGAUGAGGCAGGAGACGCUAGCUCAGCAACAGUUACAGCUUGAGCAGAUCCAACAGCUGCAACAACAGCUACACCAGCAGCUUGAGGAGCAAAAACUUCGCCAAAUCUACCAGUAUAACUAUGACCCCUCUGGAACUGCUUCCCCACAAACCACUACUGAGCAGGCAAUUUUGGAGGGUCAGUAUGCCACUCCAGAGGGCAGUCAGUUUUGGGCCACUGAAGAUGCCACCACUACAGCAUCUACUGUGGUAGCCAUUGAAAUACCACAGAGCCAAGGAUGGUACACUGUUCAGUCUGACGGUGUGACGCAGUACAUUGCUCCGCCUGGCAUCCUGAGCACUGUUUCAGAGAUACCUCUGACCGAUGUUGUGGUAAAAGAGGAGAAACAACCCAAAAAAAGAAGUUCCGGAGCUAAAGUUCGGGGACAGUAUGAUGAGAUGGGGGAAAACAUGGCCGAUGAUCCACGGAAUUUAAAAAAGAUAGUGGACAGUGGUGUACAAACUGAUGAUGAAGAAACUGCUGAUCGGAGUUAUGCAAGUAGGAGGAGAAGAACUAAAAAAAGUGUUGAUACCAGUGUCCAAACUGAUGAUGAAGAUCAAGAUGAAUGGGAUAUGCCUUCCAGGUCAAGGAGAAAAGUGCGUUCGGGAAAAUAUGGCGAUAACACGACAGAGGGUGACAAGACCAAACCCCUUUCCAAAGUCUCCAGUGUAGCAGUUCAGACAGUCGCAGAGAUAUCUGUGCAAACUGAACCAGUGGGAACCAUAAGAACACCUUCCAUACGAGCACGGGUGGAUGCCAAGGUAGAAAUAAUUAAGCACAUUUCAGCACCUGAAAAGACUUACAAAGGGGGCAGUUUAGGAUGUCAAACAGAAACAGAUUCAGACACACAGAGUCCUCCAUAUCUGGGUGCCACAUCUCCACCCAAAGACAAGAAACGCCCAACACCUUUAGAGAUUGGUUAUUCAUCAUCUCACCUUCGGGCAGACACCACAGUCCAGCUGGCUCCUUCCCCACCCAAAUCUCCAAAAGUCCUUUACUCUCCCAUCUCACCACUUUCCCCAGGCAACGCCUUAGAACCAGCCUUUGUACCUUAUGAAAAACCCCUCACUGAUGACAUAAGUCCACAGAAUGUACUCCAUCCAGAUAUGGCUAAAGUUCCCCCAGCAAGUCCUAAGACAGCCAAGAUGAUGCAGCGUUCUAUGUCUGACCCCAAGCCUCUGAGUCCAACAGCAGACGAGAGUUCCAGGGCUCCUUUUCAGUAUUCCGAGGGCUUCACGACAAAAGGUUCUCAAACCAUGACAGCCUCUGGUACCCAGAAAAAAGUGAAGAGAACACUGCCAAAUCCCCCUCCUGAGGAGGCAUCCACGGGAACACAGUCAACUUACAGCACAAUGGGCACUGCUUCUCGGAGAAGGAUGUGCAGAACCAAUACCAUGGCUCGAGCCAAGAUUCUCCAGGACAUAGACCGAGAGCUUGACCUGGUAGAAAGGGAGUCUGCCAAGCUUAGAAAGAAGCAAGCAGAACUUGAUGAAGAAGAAAAGGAGAUUGACGCCAAGCUACGGUACCUGGAGAUGGGAAUUAACCGGAGGAAAGAAGCAUUGUUGAAGGAGAGAGAAAAGAGAGAGCGUGCCUACCUGCAGGGGGUAGCUGAGGAUCGGGAUUACAUGUCCGACAGCGAAGUCAGUAGCACCAGACCAAGUCGAAUAGAAAGCCAGCAUGGCAUCGAGCGACCAAGAACAGCUCCUCAAACUGAAUUCAGCCAGUUCAUCCCUCCACAAACCCAAACAGAAGCUCAGUUAGUGCCCCCUACAAGUCCUUACACACAGUACCAGUACUCCUCACCCGCUCUUCCCACCCAAGCACCCACCCCGUAUACCCAACAAUCUCAUUUUCAACAGCAAACAUUGUACCAUCAGCAGGUUUCACCCUAUCAGACUCAACCAACCUUCCAAGCUGUAGCAACAAUGUCCUUCACACCCCAAGCUCAACCCACCCCCACACCACAACCAUCUUAUCAAUUACCAUCACAGAUGAUGGUCAUACAACAGAAGCCUCGGCAAACAACACUGUAUUUGGAGCCCAAGAUAACUUCUAACUAUGAAGUGAUUCGAAACCAACCCCUGAUGAUCGCUCCUGUUUCUACUGAUAAUACAUACGCUGUUUCCCAUCUUGGGAGUAAGUACAAUAGCUUAGACUUGAGAAUUGGUUUGGAGGAAAGAAGCAGCAUGGCAAGCAGUCCAAUAUCAACCAUAUCUGCAGACUCUUUCUAUGCAGAUAUUGACCACCACACUUCAAGGAAUUAUGUCCUAAUAGAUGACAUUGGGGAGAUUACCAAAGGGACAGCAUCAUUGAGCACUGCGUUUAGUCUUCAUGAAAAGGAUCUGUCCAAAACAGAUCGUCUCCUUAGAACCACAGAGACACGUAGGUCUCAAGAAGUGACAGAUUUCCUAGCACCUUUGCAGACGUCCUCCAGAUUGCAUAGCUAUGUGAAAGCAGAGGAGGACCCGAUGGAGGAUCCUUAUGAGUUAAAGCUUCUGAAACAGCAGAUUAAGCAAGAAUUCCGUAGAGGCACGGAGAGCCUAGAUCACCUUGCUGGCCUUUCACAUUAUUACCAUGCCGACACUAGCUAUAGACACUUUCCUAAGUCUGAAAAAUACAGCAUCAGUAGACUCACCCUUGAAAAGCAAGCAGCCAAACAAUUACCAGCAGCCAUCCUUUACCAAAAGCAAUCAAAGCAUAAGAAAUCAUUAAUUGACCCUAAAAUGUCAAAGUUUUCACCUAUUCAAGAAAGUAGAGACCUUGAACCUGAUUAUCCCAGUUAUAUGAGUUCUAGUACUUCAUCUAUUGGUGGUAUUUCUUCUAGGGCAAGGCUUCUUCAAGAUGAUAUCACAUUUGGCCUCAGAAAAAAUAUUACAGAUCAACAAAAAUUUAUGGGCUCCUCACUUGGGUCAGGACUGGGCACAUUAGGAAAUACCAUCCGGUCAGCUCUACAGGAUGAAGCAGAUAAGCCAUACAGCAGUGGGAGCAGGUCCAGGCCUUCCUCUAGGCCUUCCUCUGUCUAUGGGCUUGAUUUAUCAAUUAAGAGGGAUUCUUCCAGCUCAUCACUGAGACUGAAAGCUCAAGAGGCCGAAGCUCUGGAUGUCUCCUUUGGCCAUUCAUCAUCUUCUGCCAGAACUAAGCCCACCAGUUUACCAAUCAGCCAGAGUAGAGGAAGAAUACCAAUUGUGGCCCAGAAUUCAGAAGAAGAAAGUCCACUAAGUCCCGUUGGCCAACCAAUGGGAAUGGCCAGGGCUGCAGCUGGCCCCUUGCCCCCCAUAUCUGCAGACACAAGGGAUCAGUUUGGAUCAAGUCACUCAUUGCCUGAAGUUCAGCAACACAUGAGAGAAGAGUCACGGACACGGGGUUAUGACCGUGACAUAGCAUUCAUCAUGGAUGACUUCCAACAUGCUAUGUCUGACAGUGAAGCCUAUCACUUGCGUCGGGAGGAAACGGAUUGGUUUGAUAAACCCAGGGAAUCUCGGUUGGAAAAUGGCCAUGGUCUGGAUCGGAAACUGCCAGAAAGAUUGGUUCACUCCAGACCGCUAAGCCAACAUCAAGAGCAAAUUCUGCAGAUGAAUGGGAAGACAAUGCACUACAUCUUUCCUCAUGCAAGGAUAAAAAUAACCAGAGACACUAAGGAUCACACAGUUUCAGGCAAUGGCCUAGGAAUCAGAAUUGUUGGUGGUAAAGAAAUCCCUGGACAUAGUGGAGAAAUUGGAGCCUAUAUUGCUAAGAUUCUUCCCGGUGGAAGUGCAGAACACACAGGGAAACUUGUAGAAGGGAUGCAAGUUUUGGAAUGGAAUGGGAUUCCCUUAACUUCUAAAACAUAUGAAGAAGUACAGAGCAUCAUUAAUCAGCAAAGUGGGGAAGCAGAAAUAUGUGUAAGACUGGACCUCAAUAUGUUGUCCGAUUCUGAAAAUCCACAGCACCUAGAACUGCAUGAGCCGCCAAAAAUUGCAGAUAAGGCCAAGUCCCCAGGGGUGGAUCCCAAGCAGUUGGCAGCAGAGCUGCAGAAAGUCUCACUCCAGCAGUCGCCACUGGUCAUGUCGUCAGUCGUGGAGAAGGGGUCUCAUGCUCACUCGGGUCCUACGUCAGCCGGAUCCAGUUCUGUCCCCAGCCCUGGGCAGCCAGGCUCGCCCUCAGUGAGCAAGAAGAAGCACGGAAGCAGCAAGCCUACUGAUGCAGCAGCAAAGGCUUCCUCCCAUCCAAUUACAGGAGAAAUUCAGCUUCAAAUCAACUAUGAUCUUGGAAAUCUUAUAAUACAUAUUCUUCAAGCAAGAAAUCUUGUUCCCAGAGACAACAAUGGCUACUCUGACCCUUUUGUUAAGGUGUACCUACUUCCAGGUCGCGGACAAGUCAUGGUUGUCCAGAAUGCAAGUGCUGAGUACAAAAGAAGGACUAAGUAUGUCCAGAAAAGUCUUAAUCCUGAAUGGAACCAAACAGUAAUUUAUAAAAGUAUUUCCAUGGAGCAGCUCAUGAAGAAGACGUUGGAGGUGACAGUUUGGGACUAUGAUAGAUUCUCUUCUAACGACUUCCUUGGAGAGGUAUUGAUUGAUUUAUCUAGCACGUCUCACCUGGACAACACUCCCCGGUGGUAUCCACUGAAAGAGCAGACAGAGAGCAUUGACCAUGGCAAGUCUCACUCUAGUCAAAACAGCCAGCAGUCCCCAAAACCCUCUGUGAUCAAAAGCAGGAGCCACGGCAUCUUCCCUGACCCAGCCAAGGACAUGCAGGUUCCCACCAUUGAGAAAUCUCACAGUAGUCCUGGUAGCUCAAAAUCAUCAUCUGAAGGCCAUCUCCGCUCUCACGGACCAUCUCGCAGUCAAAGCAAAACCAGUGUCGCUCAGACCCACCUGGAAGAUGCAGGGGCGGCCAUAGCCGCGGCCGAAGCCGCAGUGCAACAACUCCGCAUUCAACCAACCAAUGGCAACCAAGACCAAAGCCAGCUAGCCCUCAGGAAGGUGAUGUCCGAUGGACCAGUCAAGCCAGAAGGAGCAAAGCCCGCAAACCACCGGCCUGCAGAGAGCGCCGUGUCCACUGGCUCCUCGGGCAGCAGCGUUGGCAGUGGGUAUAGCAUGGACAGUGAAGGAAGCAGCUGUGUGGCAGGGGAGACUAAUCUACUUCCUAUCCCGAGGAUAGGAAAGAUGGGACAGAAUGGACAGGAUCCUGUGAAGCAGCCAGGAAUGGGAACAACAGACACAGAGGCUAAAACUCAAGUAAUGGGAGAAAUCAAGCUAGCAUUGAAAAAGGAAAUGAAAACGGAUGGUGAACAACUGAUAGUUGAAAUUCUCCAGUGCAGAAAUAUUACCUACAAAUUCAAGUCUCCGGAUCAUUUACCAGAUUUAUAUGUGAAGAUAUAUGUGAUAAACAUCUCUACUCAAAAAAAGGUUAUCAAAAAGAAAACAAGGGUAUGCAGACAUGAUAGAGAGCCUUCCUUCAAUGAAACUUUUAGAUUCAGCCUAAGUCCUGCUGGUCAUUCUCUUCAGAUUUUGCUUUUCUCCAAUGGAGGGAAGUUUAUGAAGAAGACUUUGAUCGGAGAAGCUUGUAUCUGGCUUGACAAAGUGGAUCUGAGAAAAAGAAUAGUCAAUUGGCACAAACUUUUGGUCAGUCCUACUCAAACACACUGAAGAUGUGUCUACUCAGAGUGAGGACACAGAGCUACAUAGCCUCAGAUCCAGACUGUAGUUGAACACUACUGUGCUGAUCUGUUUCCAGGGGCAAACUUGAGGAAGAAAACAACAUGCACACAGAAUGCGCUGUUGUGGAAUACAAAACGACUUAAGGAGUUCACGUGUUGAAAGCAAACAGAUAAAACGAGCCCUGAGACACUGCAUUGCUCACAGCUGGAAGGAGAAACUGUGAAAGUAGAUUUGAUUUUUAAGGUAAAUGUCUUAGAUAAGACUGAUCUGGAACUGAAGAAAAAGGCACAAAAAUUAUGAUGGUGUUCAAAGGUAGUGUGAAAGCAAUUGCUUAUACACACAGAAACCUUGUUAGAAAAACUGAUGUAAUGAAUCUUGGUUUUCAAAAGUUCAAACCUCCUUGUCUAAUAUUCUUUAUAAAACUUCUUGUUUUGAAAUUCUGACGUAAGAUUCAACUAUGGGUUGUCUACAGGACGAGAAGGUGACUGUGUUUAUGGGGAAAUUAAGCAAGAGUUAUGGACUAUGGAUUUUAGAUUACACUGUGCAUGUUUUCCCUGUGUCUACACUAGAAAGCUAUACAGCCAUAGGUCUGAAUUCUAUGCGGCAUAAGCACAUCUGUUUUGGUGUAAUUUAACGUAGUGAAGAGUGAAGAUAAUAGUAGGUUAAAAUGAAAUUGUAUUUAUCUAGAAAUAAAACAAAAACUAGUGACUGGACAUAAAGAAGAAUGUUGACCCACAAAAUAUGUACCUUGGUUGAAAACAUUACAAUCUCCAGUUUUCCAUAAAGUCAAGUCAUUCUCAAUUGUACACACCAAGGCAUCUAGAUUAAUCCGUGUGCCCUAAGAAGAGGGCUGCUUGUUUUCUAAGCAUCUCCCAUUACCUGUGUCAUUGUACAUAUUUCAUGACAUCAACAUCAUGCUCUUUCUCCUUUCUUGUUAGUGAUGAUUUCAUAAUUAGGAUUCCCAUCGAUGUUGGAAAAGAAUGUAAAAAGUCAGUGUUUGAAAUUAAAAUAUAUUUGACAUAUUUUAAUAAUAUAGAACCAAACAACCAAUGUGUGAAUCAUUAAAAUGUAGUGUUCUUUUCCCCAUCAACCACCAACGUCAAAAAAAAAAAAAAAAAGUAACACGGAAGUGUGAAAAAUGCACUCAUCUAGGAUUAAAAUCUUGGCUUCUGGUCCUGAUUUUGCUACUGACCUUGUACAUAUCACUUUGAAAAUGUCAUUUAAAUUCACUUUCCCCGUAAAUAAUGGUGGAUUCCUAUCCUUCUUCACAGAAUGCCAGGAAGCUUAAAUAAAGAGAUAUAUGAAAUAGAAAGCACAUUUGCAAAUACAGCUUUAAACACAGAGAUAAUUAUUAUGUAGCUUUUUAAUUCUCAAAUUUUAUAUGUGAGAAACAACUUCCAACCAAUGGUAAGCAUCAGCAUGGGAUAAAAAGAGGGUAAACUGUUCCAAAACUCAUUUAUUUAAAUAUAAAUAUCCAUUUAACCUGAAAAGAUUGAAUAUUAAAUAAAAUUAUCUGUUUUGCCAAAUUUACUGAAGUACGUAGUUCUUAUUCCAUUCCCACAUUCUGCCCAAAAUAAUCUAAAUUGCUUUGCAGAGUUUUUGAACCUAAAGAUUGUUUCUUUUCUUAAGAUGAAGUUUUAGUAGGAUUACAGAAAACCUUGGAAAUAUUGGUUGGAUAUUGAAUUUUCUCAUAUUUAGAGAAAAACCCUACACUUGAAAUCAAUGGAAAACUCUAGAAAUAAAAAUUUAUAGUCCAUAACAAGUUGUGUAUCUUACACUCAUUAAAAACAAAAAAAUCCAAAUUUACUUUUCAUUGUCCUAAUAUAUCGUCACUCCCUUUCUCUAUUUUUUUCAUCCCUUCUACCCUGACAAUGCAAUACCAUUUACAACUGCUAGUCUUCUAAAGUGAACAACGGGAGAUGUGAAUUUUCAAAGAUAAAAUACUGCUAACAUUUUAUUUUUAGAGAUGGCUAGGUCUGCUGGUGGUUGCUAUAGCUAUUUCCAGUGGACACUUGCACUUGAGGCAGCCUAUAAUCAGUCACAACUGGGGAAGAAAAGAGUCAAAGAGUAUCAUCCGACAACAAAAAGCUCUGCCAUUUGCUCUUCACAGUAAGCUGUGAUUCAUCUCUGAUCCAUCUACAGCACUGGUACUCCAAGGGUUUUGUGAAAGGUUGUUUAGCCAGGUAAUUUACUCCAUUCUAGUUGCAACUUACACAAACAGAGGGACCACCAGAGCAAGAUCGUCUUGAGUAGCUAUUAAGCUUGAAAGAUUGGAAGCCUUCCUUGCAAUGAAGCCCCUCCACUGUAAGAAACUAGGGAUGGGGCUAGAUUGUCAGACCAAGGAAGAGAGUCAGUGACAGAGCUUAUUCUCACGCACCAGCAUUCCCCUUGAGAAAGAAAAACGAUCCUGCCAGUGUGCCAAGUUUGCAGCUGAGGAAGCUCCUAGGUUGUAACUGGAAUUGCUCUAUGCAACACCAAUUCUUAUACGAAUGCACUUCUGAGGGACGUUGAUUGCCCUUCUCACAACAAAAAAUAUUUCUUUUUUAAUUGCGAAUAGGGCUCUUAGUGUUUUUUACUUUUUUGUAAAUAGCAUGACACAUGAUUUCCCAUUUUUUAUUUUAUGUUACGUUACAGAAUUAGCUUUUUUAUCUUAAUAGUACCAGAGUUUACAAUCUCUAAUCACUAGAUUAUUAAUCUUGCAGCAUUUACACCUUGAGAAACAUUUCGUUUUUCCUACUGAUCCACUGAGUCAUCAGAGAUGGAAGUUGUUUGUUGGUUUAAAAUUUAGUACUAAGAAAUCUUUCAACAGAGAAGAAAAAGCACAGAGUGAAUUUUUAUAGUAGUUGGGAAUUAUAGAAUCCUUAUUAUGAAUAAUGAUAACACUAGUAGCAAGAAGUUGGUGUUUUACUUAUCUGAUUUUACUUAAUAUUAAGAAAAGUUUGGUGACUCUGAACUUGUUUGAUUACCAUUUCUGUUUCAAAAGAACAAUACUAAACAUUAAGGGGUAGUAAUUGCCCUUGAUCCUUAAUAUGGUCCAUAUUUUAAUAAUUCAUGAUAGUUAGAUAUACACUCUCUACAUAUCUAUGAGGUUGAUUUAGGGAAUCACACACACUAGUUGUAUCCUGAGAAUAUUAUAGCUGGUAACCAGCUGAUACUGAUUCUCAUUAUAGAAUGGUUGUUAUGACGUUGGUGGUAGCCAUAGUAACAAUAGUGCUGACAGUGAGGUGAAGUAAAAUAAAUUAUUUGUUACUAUAGUGUGCCCAGUUUAUUAGAAGUUAUUUGAUCAAUGCUUCAUUUCAUUAAAAUACCAUAAAGAUGUUUAUAGUAUUUUUUUACUUUAUUAUUUAAAUCAUAACUAACAAUAUUUUUAAAAAGUUAUUUUAAUUGCUAUAAUGUCAAAUAGUCCAAAAUUAACCAACUAGAGCUACAUGUGUUUAUAACUGUAUGUAUGACAGAAAUGACUUUCCCUCCUUUUGAGUUUGAAAUGAAAGCGAAAGCUCGACAAAUAAUCAUGAGCUUUUCCCUUAAGAAUUAUUUGCCUUUAGUGUAACACAAGAAUGAAUGAGUGAGUGAAACCUAUAUUCUUACUGAAUAUGACAUAUUGAUGUUUUCUGUAUGUCUCGUGUGGCUAUUGGUAAAGACACACAUAAAAUAAAAAGCAUUUAACCAAGUUCUUUAUCUGGUAGGUAGAUUGCGAUCAUUUUCUGAAUCCGUUAUGCUGUAUAUAACUAGACAUUUGAUAACAUAGAAACUGUAGAGUUGGCCUUAUCCCUUGGAAGUCAGCAUGUGACUGUGAUUAUCAUUUGACCGUGUCUGUGUAUUUGUUUAGUGAUGUGCUCAGGUGCUCCCACUACUGAUUAAUGUGUGUGCUAAUAUCUUAACAACACAUCUGUUGAAAAAGGGUGUUUCUUGUCUAAAAAAAAUGUUUAAAACCCAAUAAAAUUUAUUUCCAACCAAACAUGAAGGUCUUGGAGACGUGCCUCGUUUCUGACGAUAUGUUGCAUGCUUUCUUGGAGAUUUGCUAAUCUUUUUAUUAUUUUUUUGUUUACCAAAUAUUCUGAAAAAAUUUAAUGAACAAAUGCAAAUUCUUGGGCUAUUGAUUAUAUGGACAGAUCUGAAAAAUAAAUGAGAAUUGUGUAGAAACAGAAUGCUUGUAAAUCUGUCUUGAGUUUUAUUCUAUGUAAAAACACGUCUUGGUUUUGUGACUGUACACAGGUGUAUCUUGAAAACCUAUGUAAACUGUGCUGUUUAAAGGCUGUUGUAUCAACCUUACUAAUAAAUAUUGAAAAUAUCAA